AUGUACACCAGGAACUUUGAACUCGCGCUGCUGCUGGCACUCUCUGCCGGUGCCAGCGCAGCAACAAUCCAGGUCGACGUCGGCGAGAAUGGUACUUUCACCUUCUCGCCAGAUACCGUCACGGCGGGCGUUGGGGAUACGCUGGAUUUCCACUUCUACCCACUCAACCACAGCGUCGUCAUGGGCGACUUCAGCAACCCGUGUGCUCCGGCCAAGACUGGUGGUUUCUUCUCGGGGUUUAUGCCGGUUUCCUCUGGCGAGGCUACCGACUCUUUCCAAGUCAAAGUCAACUCGACAGACCCCAUCUUCUUUUACUGCGCGCAGACUGUUCUCGAGCAUUGUAAAAAUGGAAUGUCUGGCGUCGUCAACCCGUCCUCUUCCCAGACUCUCGGCUCCUAUAAGAACGCAGCCAAGUCUGUGAGCACUGCAAGUCACCCUGCAAAUGUGUUUGGAGGUACAUUAGUUUCAUCUAGCCAUACGUCUGCCUCGGCUAGUCCCAGCCCGACGAGCACUGGAGGAGGCGCCCAUGGAGGUGCAGAUGCGAGGGCUCCGGUUGGGGCAGUGGUUGCUUUUGCCUUGGGCAUGGCCGCCUUUCUUGUUGGCUAA